GAGGCGCGGCCGCUCCCACACACCGUCUGACAGCGGGGAUCAGGGACCCGUCACACCCGAGAGAGACAGAGAAAGAGAGGGAGGCAGAGUCGCUCCGGGAGAAGCCAGUCUGCAGUAUUAGUUACAGCCACUGUAACUUGAGCCGCUUAAACGACAAAUUGUGAAUUUGACGAAGGAGCCAUGUCUAAGGGACCAGCAGUCGGCAUUGACCUGGGUACUACCUACUCCUGCGUAGGAGUGUUUCAGCACGGCAAAGUGGAAAUCAUUGCCAACGACCAGGGAAACAGGACCACACCCAGUUAUGUAGCUUUCACUGACACUGAGAGGCUGAUUGGGGAUGCAGCCAAGAACCAGGUGGCACUGAACCCUAACAACACAGUAUUUGAUGCAAAGCGUCUUAUCGGACGUCGGUUUGAUGAUGCCGUUGUCCAGUCUGACAUGAAACACUGGCCCUUUACAGUCAUUAAUGAUGCUUCACGCCCCAAAGUAAAAGUGGAGUACAAGGGUGAGACCAAGACCUUCUACCCAGAAGAGAUCUCCUCCAUGGUGCUGCUUAAAAUGAAGGAGAUUGCAGAGGCGUACCUUGGCAAGACCAUAACAAAUGCUGUGGUGACUGUACCUGCCUACUUCAAUGACUCUCAGCGCCAGGCCACCAAAGACGCAGGGACCAUUUCUGGGCUUAAUGUUCUGCGUAUCAUCAAUGAGCCGACUGCUGCUGCUAUUGCUUAUGGCCUGGACAAAAAGGUUGGAUCUGAAAGAAACGUCCUGAUCUUUGACCUGGGCGGUGGCACAUUUGACGUCUCCAUCUUGACCAUCGAAGAUGGCAUCUUUGAGGUGAAGUCCACAGCAGGCGACACGCACUUGGGCGGAGAAGACUUUGAUAACCGCAUGGUCAACCACUUCAUCUCCGAGUUCAAGCGCAAGUACAAGAAAGACAUCAGCGACAACAAGAGGGCAGUGCGCCGUCUGCGCACGGCUUGCGAGAGGGCCAAGCGCACCCUGUCGUCCAGCACCCAGGCCAGCAUCGAAAUCGAUUCUCUGUACGAGGGCAUCGAUUUCUACACCUCCAUCACCAGGGCCCGGUUUGAGGAGCUGAAUGCAGACCUGUUCCGAGGAACCCUGGAGCCUGUGGAAAAGGCUCUCCGUGACGCCAAGAUGGACAAGGCUCAAAUCCAUGACAUUGUCUUGGUGGGAGGCUCCACUCGCAUUCCCAAGAUCCAGAAGCUUCUGCAGGACUUUUUCAAUGGGAAGGACCUCAAUAAGAGCAUUAACCCUGAUGAAGCAGUGGCCUAUGGUGCAGCUGUGCAGGCAGCCAUCCUGUCAGGCGACAAAUCUGAGAAUGUGCAGGACCUGCUGCUGCUCGAUGUGACCCCCUUGUCUCUGGGCAUUGAGACUGCUGGAGGAGUCAUGACUGUUCUCAUCAAGCGGAACACCACCAUCCCCACGAAGCAGACCCAGACUUUUACCACCUAUUCAGACAACCAGCCUGGCGUGCUCAUUCAAGUGUUUGAGGGUGAAAGGGCCAUGACCAAGGACAACAACCUCCUGGGGAAAUUUGAGCUGAUUGGAAUCCCCCCCGCUCCCAGAGGGGUUCCUCAGAUUGAAGUGACCUUUGAUAUAGACGCCAACGGCAUCAUGAACGUGUCUGCAGUUGACAAGAGCACUGGAAAGGAGAACAAGAUCACGAUCACAAACGACAAAGGUCGCCUGAGCAAGGAGGAUAUUGAGCGUAUGGUCCAGGAAGCAGAGAAGUACAAAGCUGAGGAUGAUGUGCAGAGAGAGAAGGUGGCUGCCAAGAACGGUCUGGAGUCUUACGCCUUCAACAUGAAGUCCACAGUGGAGGACGAGAAGCUGAAGGACAAGAUCAGCGACGAGGACAAACAGAAGAUUCUGGACAAGUGUAACGAGGUCAUCAACUGGCUCGACAGAAACCAGUCUGCAGAGAAAGAUGAAUUUGAGCACCAGCAGAAGGAGCUGGAGAAGGUGUGUAACCCCAUCAUGACCAAGCUGUACCAGGGUGCAGGGGGGAUGCCGGGUGGAAUGCCAGGAGGGAUGCCAGGUGGUUUCCCCGGAUCUGGCAGUGCUCCUGGAGGAGGAGCAUCCUCAGGCCCCACCAUCGAGGAGGUGGACUAAACUAGAGGUUGACCAGACUUGCAUGAGUUUGUUGUCUUUCCUCUUUUGAGGUUAGUGUGAAGGGUGAACAUGUUCAUAAUAUUGGAAUGAUCUAAAUUCUCAUACUCCAGGCUUAGGGCAGCACUUUCACUGUGGCUUUUUUGGAUGGCGGCUUCUCCAAGCAUCCGUGUUACAUUUAGUUAACCCAAUUUAUGUUUGCAAUACUGCAGCAUGUUUUUUUUCUUCAUAAGCUGAUAAUGAGGUCACAAUGGUUGAUAUUUACUUUGAAAUAUGACACUAAAUAAAAAUGUUUUGCAAUUUA